AUGGCGCUUGAAGACGCAUAUCUGAAUGUCACAUCUCCACGUUUUGCUCCAACUAUCAGUGAUGUCACCAAAUGUUUAACCAACUCAUUCCCCAAGGUCGUAUCCGUAGACAAGAAACCUCACUUCAUGAUAGCCCUCGAUCCUACCCUCGUUCGAGUGGAUAAGCGUAUUUCAGCCGCUCUCGAACACAAUUCCCCUGGCUCCUCAUUCCUCGCUCUCGUCACAAUUCUCCACGGCGUAGCUCACGCAACACUGACUGACAAAGACGAAUGGCUGUCUGAUCCAGGACACAAAGUGGAGCAUGCCCUUUUCAGUGGCAUUAUAGGCAUCGCGUUCGCUAGCUGCCCCAUCGAUCCCAUUCUUCCCGAAAUCUCCAACUUCACAUUAUUUACCGAGGAAGGGCGCACGUAUAAGAUUGACCUAGAGAAGGCGGCGUCCUGGAUAGAGAACGAUGAACUCUGUCCGUUUGAUCUCGAGCAGCUACCGAAGGAAAACUUUGCAGCAGAAGAGGUGUACUUACAGACGUGCGCCAAAGUGAAUACGCUAUGUGCGACCAUCAUUGGGAAACUCGCGUUUUGUAAUAGUCAGCAGCGACAAAAACCGCCAGGUUAUUACGGAAAUAAUACCCCGCUGUACAUUUCGUUUCAUCCCGCGAAGGAGAUGCAGAAGGAGCAUGAAUAUGAACUGCUCAUAGAACAGCGCAAAGCAAAGGCCACAUGUAGUAAGGCGUGGCUUCAACUAUCUACAUGCGAUCCAGCAUCGGAAUACAGAAUAAUAUUCAGCGGUUUAUCUGCUGUCGUCCUUGAAAGAGGUUCAUAUGCAUCCAAUCAUCACGGUUUGCUUGUGUCGCCUCACUACCACCUUUAUUGCGACGACAAUCCUCCCACUCCCGUUGAGUAUCCUUUUAUCGAUGAACUCAAUCGUUGUGAAAAGGGUAUUCCGUUACUCACAAUCAUAACCUACCUCAUGCUUCCAAAUACCUCGGUCCAUAAAGGUGUCCUUCCUGCCAUUCGGAAUCCCACCACUCAACCCGAACAGGCUGAUCAACUUGACGCGCAAGUAUGGUGCGGAUCGGUUAUGGACAGCCGAGAGACCGUCAUCUCUAUCGUCGUCAAGGUGUACCCCCAGCGCCACGUUGAGGCUAUGGACAAGGAAACUCGGCGAAGCGGGGAUGAGCGUGCAGGAACUCGAAUGCUCUUCACUCCGCUAGGGCUUUAUCACUAUGACAUUAAGCCGAGGAACGUCACGAGAGCUCGUGUCUUUGCAGCGAACUUGAAACACUUUGACGAAGUUUUCGACUCUUUGAUGGAGCGGCGGUAG